CGGUGUGUGCGACUGCGACCUCUCCUUCUCCUUCAGUUCAGUUAGUCGAGUUUCAACCACGAUUCGAACAACAACCUGCAAAGUUGAAUCUUGCAAAUACACCAUUCAGUGCCUCAUCGGACUUUUAUUUCUUGCGUGUAUAUAUACCGCCUUCGUCAUUCUUCAGUGAAAGUGAAACUUUUUGAGUCCUCGAAAAGGACUUUCGCUUUCUCGCCGGGUUUCGCGAUUCUUAAUUAGUGAUCAAACUCUUCCGUCUUAUCUGCGUGAUUCAGCAAUCCUUGAUCCAUUUGGAUCCAAUCUCAGCUAGAUUAACUGAACACUCGAACCAAAAGUUGUCGCAAAGCCUCGCUUCCGAAGCGGAAAAGAACUUCGAAGGCCAACAAUAAAAAUACAACACCCGCAUACGUGAACAAAAAAGAGCUACCAAGUAUCGCAAUAAAAAAAAAGGAGGACAAAGAUAAAAAGUACUGCCUUCUUCAUCAAAAACUGGAUCAAAAUUCAUCAAAUAUCAACACCAAAAGAGAAAAGCAGGUCUUCAAGGACGUGUUCUCCAAGAUUGAGACCAAGUCUUGAGAACCAGGACACCUCUUCUUUAGAACAUAAUUCUGCGAUACGAUUGCGUUCGGUUGCGAAAUCUGCUGGGCCUGUACUACAUAUAGUGAUCAGUGAAGAGUUCUACAAAAGGUUCCGGUUUGGAAUAUCGAUUCCUGCACGUGUUUCUAUUAGAAUCUAGACUCUCUUGAUCAACUUCGAGGAGCAGACGUGCGAAGGUCAUGUAACAGGGUCCGUCCGUUAGUGGAAAAUGUGUCAGUAGGAUAGACACCGUUUUUCUCGACUCUCACUCUAUAAGGUGUAAACCAACUUACAAAUUGGAUUAGAACAAUUCUGCUUUUUCAAGAGUAUUUUGAAGAUUGAGUGGAUUAUCCAAUUCUGAUGUAUACGUCAAGAAGUUUCUCAAUUUGUUUGCUUCGCUUGAUUUCAAAUUUCUUCAGCUGAUUCCAUUUUCUUCAGCUGUUUGCUGGAAGCUUUCUUUAUCAAGUGUUAGUGAAGAACGUAGCUGACCGCAUUGCGUCAGAAGCAAGUGAUCGCAAUAGUUGAUCAUAAUUAAUCACAGUUCUGCAAUCGGAGAGUCAAGUGAUAGUAAGAAAGGGGAUUCGCUACUUGGAAAUGGUAGUAUUUUUAUUAGAGCAGUGGAAUUUACAUUUGUGACUAUGAGACUUGGGAAAUUAAAAUCCAAGAGUCAUAAAACAGUUACGAGUGUUAAAGUGCUUCAAGUUUCUUGAUCUUGGUGAACUUUGCCACUUCGAGGCAGUUUUUUAUCCUAAGUUCUGUGGUGUUAACCAAGUCGAAAUGAAAAAUCCGGAACACGAGAGUGGCUAUUUCGAGGAUGGGAGCGACGUGGAGAUCACCUCAUCUGAAGAACAUUCAACUGGUGAAGAGAGGAAAUGGUGUUCUGGAUCAUAUGGUCUUACGAAAGCUAUCCAUGAAUUAGAUGUCCGGGAUUCGCCCGCAUCACCAGAUCCGGUUACCCAAGAACAUCAAUGCAAAAAAGUAAACCUAGCAGAUAGCGGAAAGAGAGUGGACAUGACGCAUUUUGACUUGCUCAAAGUCUUAGGCACAGGAGCCUAUGGAAAAGUAUUUCUUGUUCGAAAAAGAACUGGGGCGGAUACUGGACGUCUGUACGCCAUGAAAGUUUUGAAAAAAGCGUCUAUCGUCCAAAAGAAAAAAACGACAGAGCACACAAAGACUGAGAGACAAGUUUUGGAAGCUGUACGAGAUAGUCCCUUUUUGGUUACUCUACAUUAUGCCUUUCAAACAGAUGCAAAAUUGCAUCUGAUUUUAGAUUAUGUGAGUGGUGGAGAAUUAUUCACCCAUCUUUAUCAGCGGGAACACUUUACCGAAAACGAGGUUCGAAUAUAUAUAGGAGAAAUUAUUUUAGCUCUCGAACACUUGCACAAGCUGGGAAUCAUCUAUAGAGAUAUUAAAUUAGAAAAUAUCCUUCUGGACCACGAAGGACACAUUGUUCUGACGGAUUUCGGACUUAGCAAAGAAUUCUUGCCCCAUGAGAGGGACAAUAAUGCGAGAGCUUAUUCGUUUUGCGGUACUAUUGAAUACAUGGCGCCAGAAGUUGUACGGGGAGGUUCUGCUGGUCAUGAUAUUGCAGUUGAUUGGUGGAGCGUUGGUGUUCUGACCUACGAACUACUAACGGGCGCCUCACCUUUCACCGUCGAAGGCGAGAAGAAUACUCAGCCAGAAAUCUCGAGGCGGAUUUUAAAAACCGAGCCUCCAAUCCCAAGUCACCUGAAUUCCACAGUCCGGAACUUCAUCACACGACUCCUAGUUAAGGAUCCUCGUCAGAGAUUGGGAGGAGGUCCGCGCGACGCUAAAGAACUCAAGGAACACGCCUUCUUCAGGAAAGCGCCACCACCUUUUAGCUGGGAAGCUCUAGAAACCCGAACGAUUACUCCACCUUUCGUGCCUCGAAUUACUCAUGAACUGGACACUAGUAAUUUUUCUGACGAAUUUACAAAGAUGGUUGCGGCCGAUAGUCCUGCGGUUGUUCCUCCAAAUUACGAUAAGGUUUUUAGAGGCUACUCCUACGUAGCGCCUUCAAUUAUCUUCAGCGACAAUGUGAUGAGUAAUGACAUUUUCAACGAAGCUGUGAAAGGAUCUCCGGACAGUCAACGACCAACACCUGCUGAUAUUUUAGCCGCCUGCUUCGAGGAAUCUAGUUUCUUCCAAACGUACGAAUUGGAUCCAAGAGAAGAGGCUCUCGGCGAUGGAAGUUUUUCCAUUUGUCGGCGAUGUCGUCACAGACAGACGAAGCAGGAAUACGCUGUGAAAAUAGUGAGCCGAAGAGUCUAUUCGGAAAAGGAAGCCUCGCUGCUGAGAACUUGUCAGGGGCAUCCGAAUGUUGUGAAAUUGAUAGACGUUCAUCAAGACAGAGCCCACACUUAUUUGGUGAUGGAAUUAUUAUCAGGCGGGGAAUUGUUGAGGAGAACAAGACCCUUUUCCGAACAGCAGGCUAGUAAAGUGGCAAGGCAGCUCUCUUCGGCUGUGAGAUUUAUGCAUACUAGAGGUGUCGUGCAUCGAGAUCUUAAACCAGAAAACUUGAUCUUUGCCAGCUCUGCUGAUGACUCGCCGAUCAAGAUUAUAGAUUUUGGAUUGGCGCAGUUGAAACGAGGCUGUGAACCUCUACACACGCCUUGUUUUACGCUUCCUUACGCUGCGCCCGAAGUUCUUGCACGACAGGGUUACGACGAGAGCUGUGAUCUUUGGAGUUUGGGAGCAGUUCUUUACUCCAUGUUGUCCGGGAAGCCUCCCUUUCCCUUGGGCUCUUCUGAUCUCGCCUCGAGAGCUAAAUCUGGGGAGAUCAAUUUUGAUGGUGCGGAUCUUAGCCACGUUUCGACUAUCGGUAAACAAGUAAUCAAAGGUCUCUUGACUACUGAGCCAACCAAGAGAUUGACCGCGACUGCUCUCGCCCUCCAUCCUUGGUUAGUCGGGAACAACUCCAGUUUCGAUGCUUCCAAUUCAGAACCUUCAUCAACAAACAGUUCCAUCGACAAGCCAGAAGGAUUCCGACUCCGUGAAGUAGACGGUGCUAAACUCGCCCAGCGUCGAAAGUUACACAAACGGUCCACCUCCAGUUCCGUCUCUUCAACGGCUUCAACAACCUCAAGGUCUUCCAACGUAUCUAUACAACUCCUGCGACCUCCAAGUGCAACAACGACAACCACAACAAGUUCCGCAUCACCAGCACAACCGAGUGCUUUCGACUUCAGGGAAGAAAAAGUCAGCGAGUAUCUUAGCUCGCUCUCAUCAUCAUCAGAUUCAAAUUCCCCGCGGAGUCAUUGCCGGUCCGAGCGGCGAGAAGAGCGCCGAGAAUCUCGAGAUGUGCCGCGAGCAAAGAGACGCAAACGCGACGAUGAUCCCGAGGAGAAGAAGCACUCGAGUGGACCUGUUACUCGAGCGAGGAAACGAAAGCUGGAACAGAGUGAGUCUGACAGUUCGACCGAAUCUUCCCCGGAACUUGUACGAUCCUGCAAACGAGAAUUGAACGUCCACCGGAAACAGAAACCAGGAAAACGACCGAAACGACUGGCUACUAUUAUAGUCGAAUAAUAAAUAAAUUAUAUCAUCUCGUUUCCUAUGCAUUUUCAGCGACGUAUUUGCUGUUGCCUUUGGGUUCGUGCAAGCCACGAACGUUGCAUCAUUCCUAUCUCGAUAAUUUUUAUUAGUCUUGUACAUACAGAUUAUAUGUAUAUUAUCUUUGCUCUUUGUAAGGAUAUUUAUGAUGUUGAGAUGAAUUUAUCGGUUGCUAAUGCUGAAUUCUGUAUUACUCCAGCUUACCACUUUUUAUUGUGAUACAAUCGAAGAAAGUGAUAUAGCCAGUUUUCCAAUAUCAACAUCAAAUUGGUUGGGAAAUAUAUUUUUAAUGUUUCGUGUGGAGGACAUUUUUAAUUGUGCACCAUUAUGUCUACGGCGCUUUUGAUUGGGUAGAGGGUACAGCGUAUUGAAUUAAUCGACACUGUCGGGGUGUCUACUUGACGGGGAAAGCCGGGAUUUUCCCUUCGAUUCUAGGUACUAAAAUUGAUAUAUUUUUUUUAUUUUAUAACUCUCAAGUUUGUUAAUUUUUUCAUAUUUUGAAAUAUUUAAGGUUUUCGAAAUCUUGAAAUUCGGUAUACAUUCAAACUCGUAAGUUAGUGUUUUUCUCAAUUUGUAAAUAUAUAUAUUUUUUUGUUUGAUUAAGGAGAAAAAGAUUUACGUUUUAAAAUUAAAAUUGAAAAAUUGUAGGAUUUAGAAGAGAUAUCUUUAAUUCUGAAUUUCAAAAAGGGAAUUGCAUAAACAAAUCACAGGGAUCACAGUCUUCGCUCUAUUCUCUUGCAUUUCCCCCCUUUUUUAUUUGAAGUACGCGGGGAAUUUAGGACUGGAAAGUAGUAUCAAGUUUGAAUUGUAAGAUUUUAACUUGCUUUGCUUGAAAUAUUAUUUGCUAAUGGCUACCCGUUUUAAAAAAAAAAUCAACUUUUAUCGGAAAAACGUUGCAUCGAUUGAAAUUGUUAUUUAUCAAAUUCAAUUUUAUCGAAUUGUUAACUGUUUGGAAAAUUGAAUUUUUAGCAGAUGAGAAUUUA